AUGCUCUCGGCCGAGAUGGGUCUCGAGGACCUUGUCGACGCCAUCAUUGCCCACGGCGCCGACGUCGACGCGGUCGUCGGUGAACCGAAAUAUGCGUCGACAGCUCUCACGCUGGCCGUCUCGAGCGGUCAUGUCGGCGUCGUCGAGCUCUUGCUGUCGCACCUCGCCGAGAUUGACCCAACGUAUCUCGCGACCAUGACCUCGUUGGAAGCCUCGCUCACCCCUCGGCAAGCAGCGUGCGUGACGCUGCUUCAAAAAGAAGUCGCGUUCCGGUCGACCUCGGCCGAGUACGUGGCCAAGUGGCGGCUCAAGCUCGAGGCGCUGCCCGACGACGCGCCGUUUGACGAAGCUCUCUUUCGCCGCGCGAUCGCCGCCGACCCGUCCCUCGGUCGUCUCUUCCUCAACGACUGUCUCUCGCCGGACCGCCAUACGCUUGGCUUUACCAAGCUCGAAGCCGUGUACGGCCGUCGCGUGACGUCCAGCGCGCUCUACUCGAUCGUGCAGUACCAAGACGCGACCAAGCGCGACGGCGCCAAGGCCCUCUUGGACCACAUUGUCUUGCAGCGCAUCCUCCAGCUCAAGUGGGAGUUUUUCGCGCAGCGCAUGUUUGUCGAGCAGCUGCUCUGGUACGGCAUCCUCCUUGCCUCCAUGACGGUCGCCGUGACGCUGCAGCCGUCGCCGAUCAAUGCUCAUGACGCGCCGCUCCGCGUCUGGUGUGUCAGCAUCAUCUUUUGCGUCCUCGGGCUCGUCGCGGUGCAGUGGACACGGCCCACGCCGCUCUUGUACCUCGCCACGUGUCUGCACCGCUUUACGGCGCCGUCGCCCUUGCACUGGCAGCACGACCCGCGGCACCUCGGGCCGGCCAAGACGACGGUCAAGCGUCUGCUGUGUCUCGUGACCAUGACCGUCACCGUCUACAUGUACGUGACGUGCAUCGACGUGCCGCUCUGGCAUCGCAUUCCGUGGUCCGCGACGGUCUUUGGGACGACGUCGCUGGCCAAGACGUGCGUCCAUUUCUCGCUGCUCACGUCGACGCUCUACUUUGUGCGGCUCGAGCACCAAGAGUUUGUCGGUCAUGACCGUCUCCAAGCCGCCGAGACGCACGCGUACUGGUCGUCGCGCCUCAAUCUGUGGCAGCUGAUUACGUACGCCGGUAUCCUGUGUGUGUACCUUCCGCUGGCGUCGUCGCUAGAGCCAACGACGGGUCUCUGUCUCGGCAGUCUUUUGACGCUGUCGCUGUGGCUGCUCUCGCUGCAGUUUUUCGCCGUGUUUCAGACGGGCGGGUACCUCCUCCCGAUGCUCUCGGCGCUGCUGCGGGACGUGGGCAACUUUCUCGCCUUCUUUGGCGUCGUGCAGGCUGCGUUCACCUACGUGUCGCUCUGGGCGUCGUUUCGGACGUCGUACUUUGUCAUGCUCGGUCAGUUUGAUCUGGACGGAACGUGGGCCACGCCGAGCGACCUGCCGCCACUCUUGUACCACUACUCGUUUGUGCUGCUCAUGCUCCACGCUGGUGUCGUGAUGCUGCUCCUUCUCAACGUGCUCUUGGCGACCAUGAACGAGACGGUCGCCGACGGUCUCCGCGCGUCGCAGCGAGACGCCGUGUGGAGCUACGCGGCGUGCAUUUUGCGGCUCGAGCUCACGCUGCCCCUCUCGCGCCAGCCCGUCUACUACGCGUCGCGUCGGCGUGACGAUACCAAUGCGAGUGCGACCAACAACCCCGCGUUUGACGAGGUGCUUCUCCUUCACGAGUGCAACCUCUGCGACGACGACAUGGCGGUCGUCCGCAGUAUCCAAGAAGUCGGCAAAGACUGGUUCCAGACCCUCCGCGACCUCCAGCGCCGCGCGUUGGUCGAGCUGGAUGCUGUCACCGCGGCCGUGCACGACGCCAACCACUACUGCACCUCGGCCAUGUACCCGAUGGCAUGCGAAGUCGGCAUCCCGACGGCCCGCGCGGCGAUCGACAUGGCGUUCGCUUCGGUCGUCGCCAAGCGCGCGCCCGAGCCAUCCGACCGAUGCAGUCGCCUCCGCGCCGUCCAGCACAAUGUUGAGCAGCACUGGACAACCUUGGCGUCGGCGCUCUCGCUCGAGGCGGCGACCAAUACCGACCAGCACGACGUGCUCUUUGCCAUGGUGCACGGCGUCUCGAUGACGGCCAUGGUGGCGCGCGCCUGGCAGAGUCUACAAGCCGUCUUUGACGCUGCAGCGGCGCGCUGGGAAGAGCGGCCGGAGCCCACGCCCACGCAGCUCUGCGACGCGAUCGUGGCCAGCGGCAAGGAGCAGAAUCGCCAGCUGCAGGCACACGUCGAUGCGUGUAUGGCGGCGAUGCAAGCGAUGGAGACGCGGUACACGGCCGCGCUAGAGGACGCCAAGGCCGCCAACCACGCACUGGACGCCAAGCUCAGUGAGGUGCUCAUGUUGCUGCGUGGAAAGGUUGUCGAGGGAUUUUGA